CUCCUGAUGCUCAUGGACAGCCCGCUGAAUCGGGCUGGGCUCCUGCAGGUUUACAUCCAUACCCAGAAGAAUGUUCUAAUUGAAGUGAAUCCCCAAACCAGAAUCCCGAGAACUUUUGAUCGGUUCUGUGGUCUUAUGGUUCAGUUGCUGCACAAGCUCAGUGUUCGAGCAGCCGAUGGGCCUCAGAAACUGUUGAAGGUGAUUAAAAACCCAGUCAGUGACCAUCUCCCUGUGGGCUGUUUGAAGUUAGGUACCUCUUUUGCAGUCCCAAAGGUGUCAGAUCUGCGUGAACUGGUUCCUACAGCAGAGCCAGUUGCCAUUGUUGUGGGAGCUUUUGCCCAUGGUUCGGUUAAUGUUGACUAUACAGAAAAGAUGGUUUCCAUCAGCAACUACCCCCUCUCUGCUGCCCUGACGUGUGCUAAAAUUACCACUGCCUUUGAGGAAGUCUGGGGAGUGGUAUGAGUUUCUGCUACUGCCAUGGUGGACUUCCGAGCAGUGACUCCAUACUCUGGAAAAAAGGCUUGUUCACUUAGGGGUGGACCUGGUGCAACUUUGGACUCCUGGAAGGGAAAAGGCAUCAAUUUCUCCUUGUAGCUCCUGGAGCAAUGAGACUGAAAAGAGACUGUCCCACUCACCUUUUUUCUUCCUAUUAAAGGCCGGUUUUGA